AUGGAAAUUACUCAACAUGCAAAAUAUACAUGCGCUUUUUGUGGCAAAGAAACAGUCAAAAGAAAAGCAGUAGGCAUUUGGAAAUGUCGGGCAUGUAAUAAAAUUGUGGCAGGCGGUGCAUGGACCGUCUC